AUGAAGAUCGGAUUUAUUGGAGCAGGAAAGAUGGCUCAGGCCUUGGCAAGAGGACUCAUCAACUCAGGUGCUUUUGAAACGUUUAAGUAGUUCUUCAAUAUCUUUAUAAUUUUAGGAAGAAUCACAGCCGACAACAUCAUCGCCAGUUCCCCAAAACGAGAUGAUUUCCUUCUCGAACAGUGCAAAGCCAUGGGCUUGAACACCACUCACGAAAAUGCGGAAGUUGUACAGAAGAGUGACGUCAUUUUUCUGGCAGUCAAACCCCCACAUGUGAGCAAGGUCGCUUCUGAGAUUGCUCCAGCUCUCAACAAGGAACAUCUCGUGGUCUCGAUCGCUCUUGGCAUCACCAUUAGAAACAUUGAGUCGGUAAGUCAGCAACUUUGAAUCCAUGCUUAAUACUAGCCCCCAUGAACCGAAUCUCUUCCAGUUGCUGCCCACCAAGUCGCGUGUCGUCCGUGUCAUGCCAAACACGCCUUCCGUCGUCCGCGCCGGCGCUUCCGCCUUCGCCAUGGGUUCCGCGUGUCGUGACGGAGACGCAGAGACCGUCGAGCGUCUUCUCAGCACCGUCGGAUUUGCGGUCGAGGUUCCAGAGAUCCACAUUGACCCGGUCACCGGACUUUCCGGUUCAGGCCCCAGCUACGUGAGUGUUCUGUGGUGUGAUAACAUGCCGUUUUUUGAUUCAGAUGUUUGCGGUGAUCGAGGGAUUGGCUGAUGGCGGUGUCAAAGUCGGGCUGCCACGUGAUUUGGCUCUUAAACUCGCCGCCUACACACUUUUGGGCGCGGCUAAGAUGGUUUUGGAGACGGGUGUGCAUCCAGCUCAGUUGAAAGACGAUGUUCAAAGUCCUGCCGGCUCUUCAGUGUACGGAAUGCACAAACUUGAGAGCGGAGGCCUCAAGGUAAGACGAUAAGGACUGACAAAGGACUAAUCGAUUAAGUGAUAAGAGAUUGACCAUCUCAUUUGCAGGGAAUCCUCAUGGAUGCCGUCGAGGCGGCGACAAACCGGUCGCGUGCCACAGGAGACAAGGCGCUGCCAAGAGACUUCCGAAAUACCGAGAUGUGAAUGAAUACACCAAACCUUGCCAUCACCCCCUUUUUUGUUAAUUUAUUAUCUCUGUCUGCUACUCGCUCUCCUUCAAACUUCCCUUUGUUUCCAUGCUCUAAACAGGUGUCCGCAUGAUAUUUCGUUAGUAAAAAUUCGACUAAAAUAGUGGUAACAUCGACAGAAAAUUAGAUUCUUUUAGUUUGUGUCUCUCUCUCCUUCAUCCUCCGUAUGUUUAGUUUAGUUAGUUAUGGGCAGGGAUUAGGAGUGUCUCAUUUUUCAUUAAACUAAAUUUCAGAGAAAAGGAGAAGGAGUGA